AUGGCUUUCGACCAAUCCCCGCACGAAGAUCCAACCAUCCCGCGAUUAAAGCGAUUAAUGCAAAUUGGUAGCGGCAACGUUGUUGCAAUUAAUUUAAUUAAUUUUAUCGUUAAUUAUCGCGAGAUUUGGCUUGGUGUUUUGGCCUUUAAUUAG